UUCUGUGGCUUCCUAAUUUCUUAUUGUCGAAUUCGUGAAUUUUAGAAUGAUAGUAACUUUCCGGAGACACAAAAUUUAAGAUUUUUUUUUUGUAUUUAACUAACUACUGUAACGUUUCUUAUAGUUUAUGCAAGCUUCAGAAAGACAUUUUUUAGCAUAUUACCUAAAUUAUAAAUUCCAUGAAAUAUAGACGGCGUUAAAUUUUUCUUUUCUUCAUUUUACUUGAUGACAUUUUGUAGCUGUCCUCAUCCUUACGAUUUGUGCAAAUGGAUGAUUCUGUGAUUUCUCCAGGUAACAAAAUGGGCGAUUCCGCAUCAGAAAGUGAUUCAAGUUCUCUCGAUGGCGGCGCAAUGCUGCCUCCCAGCACUGUCUCACGAGAUCAGUUGCAGAAAAGAAUCGAAUCACUUCAGCAACAAAAUAGAGUAUUAAAAGUGGAACUUGACACAUACAAACUUCGAGUCAAAGCUUUGCAGGAAGAAAAUCGAGCCUUACGCCAAGCUUCAGUGUCAAUUCAAGCCAAGGCUGAACAGGAGGAAGAAUACAUUUCUAACACACUGCUGAAAAAAAUACAAGCUCUAAAGAAGGAAAAAGAAACUCUUGCACAUCAUUAUGAGAGAGAAGAGGAGUGUCUUACCAACGAUCUCUCACGUAAAUUGAAUCAAUUACGCCAAGAGAAAUGUCGCCUGGAGCAAACGUUAGAACAGGAACAAGAAUGCUUGGUAAAUAAAUUAAUGCGAAAAAUAGAGAAACUUGAAGCAGAAACCCUUGCAAAGCAAACUAAUUUAGAAAGACUUCGUAGAGAGAAGGUUGAAUUAGAAAACACAUUGGAGCAGGAGCAAGAGGCUUUGGUGAAUAGACUAUGGAAGAGAAUGGAUAAAUUGGAAGCUGAAAAACGGUCGCUACAAAUAAGAUUGGACCAACCCGUUUCUGAUCCAGCUAGCCCUAGGGACAUCAGUAAUGGCGAUACAGCAUCUAAUCUAAGUAAUCACAUCCAAACACUGAGGUCAGAAGUUGUUAAAUUAAGGAAUCAAUUAGCUGUUUCUCAAAAUGAGAGUAAAGAAAAAAUGCAACGAUUUGUGCUAGAGGAAAAACAUAUCAGGGAAGAAAACCUCCGCUUACACAGAAAGUUGCAACAGGAGGUGGAACGUCGUGAAGCUUUAUGCAGACAUCUUUCUGAAAGUGAAUCUUCUCUAGAGAUGGAGGAGGAGAGGCAGUUUAAUGAGGCUUUGAGUGCGCGGUCCCGCAGCGUGUCGUCGCCGGGCGGCUCGCGGCCGCUGUCCCCGUACGCGUCGCCGCUGCUGCCCGCGCCCGGCCGCCACCCCGCCAUGCACUUCAACUCGCAGGUAGCCGCCGGCUUUGCGCUUGCUAUUACUGUAUUUGCCUGUGUGUACUUUUAGGUUUAGGCCCCGGCCCGAUAAAGUUUGCCGCCCUAUAAAUUGAGGGUAAAAGGCAAAAGCAGCGUGCGUAUUGGGGACGUGACUUUUUGGAACUAAUCGAUUAUUUUCUUUGUAAAAUAAAUCUAUUAAUGUAACUGAUUUAUAAAAUUUAUAUUUAAUUUAGAAUUCAUUUGGCUGACUGUUUUUUUACGUAUAAAAUUCAUCAUUAUUUCACAUCCCUAGUACUCAUGAUGAUGGCCUUUUUGGCCCUAUUGUAAAUACCCCCAUGGCCUUAAUACUGCCGUGCUUAGGUAAAAGGCAGUGAAGUUGUGGAUGGGUCAUAUGAAAGGGAUACGUUUUGAGAUGGAAAAUUUAAACUACCCGCAAAAUAAAAACAAUUUCAAAUCAACA